UUUGCAUCGGUUGCAUCAGAAUACAUGCCAAUAACGACCGUCAAGACUUUCCAGUGAAUACGUGCAAUUCUAGAAGAGUAAAGAGCAGGGUUUCUGAAAGCAUAUCGGAUGCAGUCGUACGUUCUGCCAAAUACGAAUGUCGUUUUGCGGCUCCAAAAUGGACAGUACAAGGUCGCGCCGGUCACUGCAGACACUACAAUAUCGAUACCUAAAUAUGGUUCAUUCUCGGCAAACCUGCUUAUUGGUCGACCAUACUACGUCACAUAUGAACUUGUAGAGAAGCAAGACGAAGGCGACUCGAAGAAGAAGAUAACUCUGCUCCGCGCAGUUCCUGCCGCAGAAUUACAUGCAGAGACUCUAUCCAAUGAUACCUUUACCCCUGCAGAAUCACGAGAUGAGAAGGCAACUGGAUCAUUAGCAAAUGAGUCUUUUGAUCUCGUGACGGACGAGGGCGAAGUCCUAAUUCGCAACAAUAGACUAACUAUUGACGAUCCAUCUCGCCAAGCACUCAGCCAUGAAGAAAUUGAGGCUCUCAAGAAAGCCAGCGCAGGGUCUGGUAAGGAGAUCAUCGCUAAAAUCAUGGCGGCACAUUCGGCAUUAGGGGAGAAAACGGAAUUUUCGCUGGCCAAGUACACGCUUCGAAAAAGCAAGAAGUACAUGAAACGGUUUACAGUAUUACCUACUGAUGUGAAUGUCUUGACGAAGAUUUGGAUUGAGAAGGACCCGUCUCGCAUCAUGGAGCUGAGAGAGGAGACUUUAGGACUAAUGAUGAGCUGGGGGAAUGUGCAUUACCACGCCGAAGAUCAUGAUGAAGGGGGAAGUGAUGUUGAUCUCGGGAAGGGAAGGUACUUGGUUAUCGAUGACACGUGUGGGCUUGUGGUUGCGGCAAUGGCGGAGAAAAUGGGCAUCCUGCAUGCUUCCCCGGAGAACGAAGAACAGGAAGCCAAUAUAGCGACGAAAUGUGGACUUGCAGAUGAAGACGCGGAAAUGAAUGAUACUCUAUCAUCGGCAAAACGUCGGCUGGAUUCUAAUUCACUGUCGCAAGGAAACGAUAGCACACACCGAAUGGAUGAAGACGAUGCUACAAGGACAAAUCCGUCGCCUGGACCAUGGCCUACGAAGCGGGCUGUCCAAUCUUCCGCCAAAUCAAACUCUAUCACCGUCGUACACGCUAAUACGCAACCCAAUAUGUCGCUUCUUGAAACUUUCGGCUACGAUCCUGACAAACCAGAUCCAAAGCACCCUCUGUUUACCCACCUUCGAACCCUUAGCUGGCUCCAACUUCUGGAGCCAUCGCUCGACCCACUCUAUCAAGAACCACCGGUUCCUGAACCAGCAGAUGCGGAAGAGGCAAAUCUACCUCUUAAUAAACGAUUAUCUGCUUUGAAGAGUGGAAAGCGCAGCGCAUAUUGGAAGAAACGCAGACGCUGGGAGCGUGUGAAGAAUAUAGUAGACUCCACGCGUGCCGGCGAAUUCGACGCUCUUAUAGUAGCCACAACAAUGGAUCCCAUUGGGAUCUUGAAGCACCUCGUCCCACUCGUUAGGGGUGGUGGAAACGUCGUGGUCUACCAUCCUUCUGUUGAGCCAUUGACCCAAAUCAUGGAUCUCUACUCCCGUGACCGACGUGCCGGUUAUGUGAAGAUGCUGCAGCAGGCCGACGAUCAAGGCCGAGCGCCUGCAGUAGACGAAGAAGAUUUUCCAGUCGAUCCGACGCUGUUGCUCAAUCCUAUGUUACAGACAGCGCGGGCAAGAGAAUGGCAAAUCCUGCCGAUGCGGACUCAUCCAGUUAUGACAAGUAGAGGUGGAAGUGAAGGCUACAUUUUCUCGGCCACGAGAGUAGUACCUAUCAAAGGUCAAAGAGUAGAGGCCAAAGGAAAGUUCAGCAAGAAGAGAAAGACAGAGGCAUCUAUGGUGACAUGUUAACUAGAACGUAGCUUCGCCACGCUUGGGUUAUUGAGCAAAAGCUUGAGCUAAAUCUCAAGCAAUAAUCAUAGUAACAGUCGAUGUGCCUUGUGCAUGCGCCUGGCAAUUAUGUAGCAUGGUAUUGGUUUCUAGCUCUUUAAAUUUGGCCAGCUAUUGUAUCUCAUGCAGGAAUAAC